UGAGGGCUGUCAAGGCUGUGAAUAGAGGGUCUUGAGGUUUCGUGAUCCCUUUUUCUUUUGUCGCUUGCAAGUCCUCACUCCUACACUUUCUUGGGUGUGAGUGUAUUGAACGCGUCUUCCCCGCCAUCGUCACCACCAUUACAGUGGCGAGCUUCCCGAACUUUUGAACAACCGGGCCAAUUGCUCGCACAGGAUCCGCCCAACAGAAAACAAAUCCUUCUGUUCAAAAUUAAUUGCUUCCCGGGGAGACUCCCCAUAGUCUUACUACAACCACACAGCCAGAAUGCGUACAGCAUGUCUCAGGGCAGCUAGCGCUGCUAGCAGGCUCACACGAUCAACGUGUGUAGCCCAGCUAUCGCGUCCGCAGCUCGCGGGUAGUUCUCCACGCGCAAUCGCAUACCAAACCCUGCAAACCUUCCAAAAGCGCGGGUUCCAGCAAAACGCUACAAAUGCGCAACAGGCGGCCGCAGCCGUCGAAGCCGCAGAGGAUGUCUUCGACACCCCGCCCCAGCAGACCGGUUCGGCCAAACCCUUCGAUGCGCUCGAUACAUUUCCCCGCCGUCAUAUUGGACCGUCUGCCGAAUCAGCGGAGGCUAUGCUCAAGGCGCUGGAUCCGCCUGCGAGCAGCCUAGACGAGUUUGUACGCCAGGUUAUACCCGCCGAUAUCUUGUCUGCGCGCGAGUUGAAGAUUGGGAAGCUGUCAGAGAAUCAGCAGGAGGCAUGGCAGAGCAAUGGUGUGCCAGAGUCCGCGUUCCUCAACAGCGCGAAGGAGAUUUUGGCUCAGAACAGGCCCGGCAAGAGCCUGAUCGGACAGGGAUACUAUGGCACCAAGGUACCUGAGGUCAUUAAGAGGAAUGUGUUGGAGAACCCCGCAUGGUACACCAGCUAUACCCCAUACCAGCCAGAGAUCAGCCAGGGACGUUUGGAGUCGCUACUGAACUUCCAGACAAUGGUUUCAGACCUGACUGGUCUGAGCAUUGCCAAUGCGUCAGUGCUGGAUGAGCCUACUGCGGCGGCCGAAGCCAUGACAAUGUCCAUGGGCAUGAUGCCAUUGUCCAAGCAGAAGAGCAAGAACAAGACUUUCCUCGUAUCAGAGAGGUGUCAUCCCCAGACCCUCGCCGUUCUAUACUCCCGUGCUGAGGGCUUUGGUAUCAAGAUCGAGGUCGCAGAUGUGCUCAAGGACAACAGCAAGAGGGUGGAGGAGCUAGGCCAAGAUCUCGUUGGUGUGCUCGCCCAGUACCCGGACACUGAGGGAGGUGUCAGCGACUUCCGUGGACUCGCCGAGAAGGUGCACAAGACUGGUGCCCUCUUCAGUGUCGCGACCGAUCUCCUCGCCCUCACACUGCUUACUCCACCGGGAGAGUUCGGUGCUGAUAUCGCUUUCGGAAACGCACAACGAUUCGGUGUCCCUCUGGGCUUUGGUGGACCACACGCGGCUUUCUUCGCUUGCGACGAGAAGUACAAGCGCAAGAUUCCUGGUCGUCUGAUCGGUCUGUCAAAGGAUAGGCUCGGCAACCCUGCGGCACGACUUGCGCUGCAAACCCGUGAACAACACAUCCGCCGUGAAAAGGCUACCAGCAACAUUUGCACAGCACAGGCACUACUGGCCAACAUGAGCGCCAUGUACGCUGUGUACCAUGGACCGAAUGGUUUGACAGCGAUCGCCAAGCAGGUAGUUGCAAAGGCUCGUAUGCUCCAACAAACCAUCGUCGCCACUGGUUUCAAAACUGGCCAGCGCGGACAAAUGGACAACGCACCUGUUUUGUUUGACACAUUCGUUGUCAAGACAGGCAACAAGACCGAAGAAAUCAUCAUUAGUCUCGAGAACAAGGGAGUACUCGUACGAAGGAUCGACGACCAGCACAUCGGCAUUUCCGUUGACGAAACUACGUCUGCAAACAUUAUCGGCACAAUAGUUAACAUUUUCGAGUACCACGGCAAACGAGCUAAUUGGUCUUUUGAUGAAUCUGUCGAUAUCGAGGUUCCUGAGCCGUUCAAGAGAACUAGCGAAUUCAUGACCCACCCCGUUUUCAACUCGCAUCACUCCGAGACCGAGCUUCUUCGCUACAUCAACCAUCUGUCUUCCAAGGAUCUGUCCCUAGUACACUCGAUGAUUCCUCUUGGAUCCUGCACAAUGAAGCUCAACUCCACCGCGGAGAUGGCGCCUGUGUCAUUCGACACCGUUUCCAACCUACAUCCCUUCUUACCUCUAGAGCGAGCCAAGGGAUACACCGACAUGAUCAAGCAGCUGGAAGACGACCUGGCUGACAUCACCGGUUUCCACUCGGUCUCGCUACAGCCCAACUCCGGUGCCCAGGGCGAGUUCACCGGUCUUCGCGUCAUUCGCAAGUACCUCGAGCAGCAGCCUGGCAAGAAGCGUGAUAUCUGCUUGAUUCCUGUCUCGGCGCACGGAACCAACCCUGCUAGUGCUGCCAUGUGCGGUAUGCGCGUUGUGCCCAUCAAGUGCGACCAAGCGACCGGCAACCUGGAUAUGGCAGACUUGAAGGCCAAGUGCGAGAAGCACAGCGAAGAGCUUGGUGCCUUCAUGGUCACAUACCCCAGUACUUUCGGUGUCUUUGAGCCCAAUGUCAAGGCUGCUUGCGACCUGAUCCACCAGCACGGCGGUCAAGUCUACAUGGAUGGUGCCAACAUGAACGCCCAGAUUGGUCUCUGCUCACCAGGCGAGAUCGGCGCCGACGUCUGCCAUCUUAACCUCCACAAGACCUUCUGCAUUCCCCACGGUGGUGGUGGCCCCGGUGUAGGACCCAUUGGUGUCAAGGAACAUCUCUCACCCUUCUUACCAGGCCAUCUCCGCGGCGAGACUGGUGGAGCUCAAGCCAUCCACCCCGUGAGUGGCGCGCCCUGGGGAAGCGCCAGCAUCCUCCCCAUCAGCUGGGCCUACAUCAAGAUGAUGGGCGCUGUCGGCCUUACCCAAGCCACUAAGAUCACCCUCCUAAACGCAAACUACAUUCUCUCCCGUCUCAAGCCCCACUACCCUAUCCUCUACACCAACGAUGAAGGCCGCUGCGCUCACGAGUUCAUCCUCGACGUUCGCGGCUUCAAGGAAACCGCCGGCAUCGAAGCUAUUGACAUCGCCAAGCGCCUCCAGGACUACGGUUUCCACGCCCCCACCAUGAGCUGGCCCGUCGCCAACACUCUCAUGAUUGAGCCUACCGAGUCGGAGAGCAAGGCGGAGCUAGACCGUUUCUGCGACGCGUUGAUUAGCAUCAGGAAGGAGAUCAAGGAGGUUGAGGAGGGUCAACAGCCCAAGGGGGGUAAUGUGCUCAAGAUGAGCCCGCACACACAGCAAGAUCUUAUCACUGGAGAGUGGGAUAGGAGUUAUAGCCGCGAGAAGGCGGCGUAUCCUUUGUCCUACUUGAAGGCGAAGAAGUUCUGGCCUAGCGUUGCGAGGUUGGACGAUGCAUACGGCGACACAAACCUCUUCUGCACAUGUGCGCCUGUUGAGGGCGAGGACAGCGACAUCACCGGUGCCGCGGCGCCAACCCCUACCUAAAUGCCUGCAACAACACGGCAAACAAUAGCGGGGUACUUCUUUUCUCAGGUUCUUCUUUUGCAUCAGGAUGUGGGGCUCUUUUAGGAGCUUUUCUUCAACAAGCACCCUAGCGUGGGUGUUCCGGCGUCUACACUACAUCACCAUGGGUUCAACACUUGCUGGUCGAUGGAUCUCUUGCUUUUCGAUAUGGAUGGGCGGUUUAUGAUGCAUAUGUGGCGUUUCUAGGCAUAGAUGGGUGAUGUGAUAUGAUAGGAAUAGAAAUGAGACGAUGUGUUUAUGAUGC